GGGACAGUGUCUGGCGUCCCUGCCGCUUCCUCAGUGGGCGAUUCCAAGGCGCUGUCGGGGGAUGCUGCCAGCCCCUUGGCGGACGCUACAUGAUGGCACUGUACCCGGAGCUGGAGUACUCGUCGCUGCUGGAGCCAGGCGGCAGCCAAGCCAAGCAGCAGCAGGAGCGGCAGGCGGAUGCGGCCCCCAUGCCCAUGGUGUUUACGUGUGCCAGCUGCAGGCGGCCCAUGUGCGACACCUCAAGCUGGGUUUUCAAUGAUGAGGAGAGAGGCUGCAUCCUGCUGUGCAGUGAUGCGGCCGCCAACAUCACCAUGGAUCCAGAGCGGAAGGUCUCCAAGCUCCCCGGAGAGUGUGGAUGCAUGGUAGAAACACUAUUCGGCUCUGGCUGCUCAAGGACACUUGGCACCAUAUACAGGUGCACCUCAAGGCAUCUCUACAAGAGAGAUUUGUUCUGUUUCAGUAUUGACUCUGUUGAAAGCUAUAUUCUAGGAACCCUGGAAAUGCAAGCUCUUAUUCAUGAGGAACCGCGUUCUCUUGACAGUUGAGCUGUCUUGCAAGAGGUGCUGCUAAGGGUAGAUACGAUACUCAAAGCUCUGGAGACAAGACUGACCGCUAUUGAGUAGUGGGUGGCUGCUCUGCAUAGGCAGGUCUGA